UUCCUGCCGAGUAGCCGACGUCGCCGCGCUCCGGUCGGGCCUCUCCCCGCCCCCUUCCCGAGCGGGCGCCGCGGAGGCAGGAGCCCCAGCCGCGUCGCCAGGAGCCUCGAACGGACGGCGCCAUGUCGGUGCCCCCCGCCGCCUCCGGGCGCCCCCCGCCGCCUGCCCCACCCGCCGGCUCCUCCUUCCCCGGCGGGCCCAGCGUUGCCUCGGCGAGCCUGAGAGCCCCAGGCGGCCCGGAUAGCGUGCGGCUCUGCCAGAACGGUCCAGUGCAGAAUCAGAUGCAGUUUGCUUCAGGAUAUGGCGCUCACUCUCAGAACUAUAGUGCUCCCUCGGGACACUAUUCACAAGUGCCCAACAAAACUAUCCCUUCACAGCUGGAUAACCAUUAUGGUGCCGAUUAUUAUUCUGCCCACUACUCAGCACCAGCACAAAAUGUUAUUGCUUCUUCUGUGGCUCCCAACAUGCCGAGCACACAGCAGUUGUACCAUAGAGCACCUCAUACAGCAGAAUCAUCUGGACCUUUCCAAGGAAUGAAUUAUUCUGCACAGCAAUUACAUGCCAGCAUUUCACAGUCCGUUUCCUCCUUUGGCAGUCCCUACCCUACUUCAGUCUUGCACUCUGCCAGCUCUUCCGUUCCAUCUCAGGGAUUUGUUGUUGCUCCUUAUACUAGGUCUGCUGCUGUCUCUAGUGUGGCUUACCCUAAUGUUUCAUAUCCUUCUAUGCCCAUUGGCAGUCCAUAUGGGCAGGUGCCUACUUCUCACAGCAUACCAGCACCUGGACAUUUGAAAGAAGCAAAUGAUUACUUUAGUCAGAAUAGAGCCACACUUCCAGUACAGCCAGUAGUUCCUUUGGGAUAUAAUGCUGCAUCGUGGUCUGCUCCAGAACUCCAUUUGGCUCAAGAGAAUCGUAGUGGAAGCUUUGCAGGAUCCCUGCCUGAUGCAAGCAACCCGCUGAGUACAGGUUUACCACAGCCUGUAAACCAGAAUGUUCGGCCUGCAGUCCUUGCCCAGGCAAGAUCCUCAGCUGUGACCUCUUCAGUAAGAACACCUGCUAUAGAUAAGAUCGCCCAGCCCACCACUACCACUUCUCUCGCACAACCACCCGAGCCGUCACUUCACGAAGGCAUGCAGUAUGGUGGAUAUGUUAAUAAUCAAGCUAGCUCUCCAGCAACUCCCUUGUCAUCAAGUUCAGAUGAUGAGGAAGAGGAUGAGGAGGAUGAGGAAGCAGCCCUUGACAGCUCUUCCACAACGGGCAGUGCCUCUCCUGUGCCCAACAAUUACGAUGCCCUUGAAGGAGGUGGCUACCCAGAGGCACGUUCUACAACGAGUAGUCCAGCUCCUGUUUCCUCAGUUCCCCAGAUGUCUAAAACUUCUAAGCCUUUUGGCUAUGGGUACCCUAUUCUUCAACCUGGCUACCAGCAGAAUGUAACACCGCCUUUGCCGCCAUCUGCCAUGCAGCCCAGUAACACUGGAUAUAAUUCUGGAUUUCCUCAGCAUCCUCAGCAAUAUCCAACUAUGAAACAGCUAUCAGCUAGUCUUGGAGGUCUAGGAUUACAGCAAAUGCAGCAGCCAGAGAGCUUGAGACCGGUCAACCUUACUCAAGAAAGAAACAUUCUGCCUAUUGCUCUAGUUCCAGCUCCUGUGCCUAAUUUAAAUUCGGACCUGAAAAAAUUUAAUUGCAGCCCAGACUCAUUUCGAUGCACUUUGACAAAUAUUCCACAGACUCAGGCUUUGCUAAACAAAGCAAAACUUCCUUUGGGGUUGCUUCUACAUCCCUUCAGAGAUCUACCGCAGCUGCCUGUGAUAACAUCGAACACCAUUGUAAGAUGUAGAUCAUGCAGAACAUACAUCAACCCCUUCAUUUCCUUCAUUGACCAAAGGAGGUGGAAAUGUAACCUGUGCUACAGAGUUAAUGACGUUCCUGAAGAAUUUAUGUAUAACCCUCUGACCCGAUCCUAUGGAGAGCCUCACAAACGACCAGAAGUCCAGAACUCUACUGUAGAGUUCAUUGCUUCUUCAGAUUACAUGCUCCGUCCUCCACAGCCUGCAGUAUAUUUGUUUGUAUUUGAUGUGUCCCAUAAUGCAGUAGAAGCUGGAUACUUACCAAUUGUGUGUCAGUCUUUGCUGGAGCACCUAGACAAGUUGCCUGGAGAUUCAAGAACAAGAAUAGGCUUCAUAACAUUUGACAGCACUGUUCAUUUCUACAACUUGCAGGAAGGAUUAUCGCAGCCUCAGAUGCUAAUUGUCUCAGAAAUUGAUGAUGUCUUCCUGCCCACUCCUGAUAGCUUACUUGUUAAUCUGCAUGAAAGUAAAGAGCUGAUUAAAGACUUACUGAAUGCACUGCCAACGAUGUUCACCAACACAAGAGAAACACACAGUGCUCUGGGCCCAGCCCUUCAAGCUGCCUAUAAAUUGAUGUCUCCAACGGGUGGGCGCAUAUCUGUGUUUCAGACACAGUUACCAUCCUUAGGUGCUGGACACUUGCAGUCCAGGGAAGAUCCCAAUCAAAGAUCAAACACAAAGGUUGUUCAGCAUCUUGGCCCAGCAACAGAUUUUUAUAAAAAGUUGGCACUAGAUUGUUCAGGACAGCAAACUGCUGUGGAUUUGUUUCUUUUAAGCUCGCAGUAUUCGGAUUUGGCCUCUCUCGCCUGCAUGUCGAAAUAUUCUGCUGGGUGCAUCUAUUAUUAUCCAUCUUUCCAUCAUAGUCACAAUCCUGUCCUAGGAGAAAAAUUGCAAAAAGACCUUAAACGAUACCUUACACGAAAGAUCGGAUUUGAAGCAGUCAUGCGAAUAAGAUGUACAAAAGGUCUUUCCAUUCAUACCUUCCAUGGUAACUUUUUUGUGCGAUCUACUGAUUUGUUAUCCCUUGCCAAUGUGAAUCCUGAUGCUGGAUUUGCAGUACAGAUGUCAAUUGAAGAAAGUCUGACAGACACAUCGUUGGUCUGCUUUCAGACAGCACUCUUGUAUACUUCCAGCAAAGGUGAACGGAGAAUUAGAGUGCACACACUUUGUUUGCCUGUGGUGACUUCGUUGUCUGAUGUUUAUGCUGGAGCAGAUGUGCAAGCAAUUGUAUGCCUCUUGGCUAAUAUGGCUGUGGAUCGAUCAGUUUCGUCAAGUCUUUCUGAUGCAAGAGAUGCCUUAGUGAAUGCAGUGGUGGAUUCACUGUCUGCUUAUAUGUCAACUUCAUCAAGCCUCCAGCAAUCUGCUUUGUUUGCUCCAAAUUCCCUCAGGCUUUUUCCUCUCUACCUUCUGGCUCUCUUCAAACAGAAAGCAUUUAGAAUUGGCACAAGUACACGGUUGGAUGAUCGCAUAUAUGCCAUGUGCCAAAUAAAAAGUCAACCUCUGGUUCACUUGAUAAAGAUGAUACACCCUAACCUAUACAGGAUUGACAGACUCACUGAUGAGGGAGCAAUACAUGUCAACGAUAGGGUUGUACCUCAGCCGCCUCUUCUGCAAUUGUCUGCAGAGAAAUUAACACGAGAAGGAGCUUUUCUUAUGGAUUGUGGCUCAACAUUUUACAUUUGGAUUGGAAGAAACUGUGACAACUUCAUAAAAGAUGUCCUCGGAUAUCCGAACUAUUCAUCUGUACCACAGAACACGGCACAUCUUCCAGAAUUAGAUACUCUUUCUUCAGAGCGAGCCAGGUCCUUUAUAUCCUGGCUUAAGGAUAGUAGACCUUUAAACCCAGUACUUCAGAUAAUAAAAGAUGAAAGCCCUGCAAAGGCAGAAUUCUUUCAACAUUUAGUUGAAGACAAAUCAGAGGCAGCAUUCUCUUACUAUGAAUUUUUGCUUCACAUUCAACAACAAAUUAGUAAGUAAAAGAAUGAGGAAACAGAAAAACAACUCUGGACUACUUAUCCAAACAUCAGCUGUGAAAGAAGCACACUAAAAGUGGUGAAACCAGUCAUGGGUUCUGCAGUGUCCAGACAUGGGUUCUUCAACAUCUAUAUCUAAAACUUUUCAGCUGAGAGGACAAAAUACACAUUUCCAUAUGAAUCUUACAGUUUUGCUUCAGUCUACAAAAUGAUGGCUAUAAUGAUGCAAUUUCAAUAGUUGUUUUAAGUUGGUUUAUAUGCGUUUCCAGUAGUGCAACAAUAUGGUGCUGCUUUUAUUUCAAGCUGGUGGACUUGUGUAGCUUUAUGGAAUAGUAUUUCAAAACUCAGAGUGUGUUUCCUCUCCCACCCCAUAUUUAGUAUGAUAGCCUUUCCAGAUGAUCUUUAGCAGAGAUGCCAAAGUGCAGUGCUCCAUGCUGUUUAUAUGAAUUUGUAAAGGAAAUAAUUCAUAUUUGAAGACUUCACCAUUUUCUCUGUGAAGAUUAUAGAAUUUCAAUACAGUAUAUAUGAAUUGUAGAAAUUAAAUAUAUAUAAUGUACAGAAGUGUUACAUUUGUAAAGAAAAUGUAAAAAUGUAACUACAGAGUUUGAAUUGCUUAGUGUGCUGCAGUGUUGGUGAUUCUAUGACAAAUCACUAUUUCAAAGAAUAAAGUUGACUAAUGCAUAUUAAAACAAAUCUGAAUCCACAUAGGAAAAAUGCAACUUUGUAAUUCACUUAAUAUUUUUAUGUGGAUUAAUUUAUGAUCAGCUAAUUAAAAAGAUUUUGCUUGAU